AUGGAUUGGAUCUACUCGUGGAAGGAUUCCAUUUUCUACGGGAUUUGUAGUUGCAGUGGAAGUCCGGCGUACCAUGAGAAGGACCACCCAUCACACCACCAUGAUCGGAUCGACAUGCCACUCCAGCUCAAGGCUUACAGACGCAACUCAUUGAACACCGACGGAUACUACAGAGACUUGGAAAAGAUGCAUGAGCAUGGGCUGUUCACAACCGGAGUUAAUUAUAAUGCAGAAAAAGUCGAGGACUUCCUCAACCUCAUCGAAAGGAUGCAAAGCAACCGAUUGGACGAUCAGCGGUGUGAUUUGCCAGAGCGGGUACAAUAUUCUUAUAGCUCAACAAAUGGGUCAGAAUAUUUUAAUAGCUCAACAAAUGGGUCAGAAUGUUUUAAUAGCUUGCAAAAUGGAUCAAAGUGUAUGCUCAAUCACGUUGGUCCAUACCCCCAAAUCGUGCUCCCCGCCAGUGGAUUCUGGAUGGACGGCGUCAGCUCUCACCCAUCAGGAUGUUUGGAUAAGGCCAAGGCCCGGGACCCAUUCAACAGUUUCGAGAGGUUCAAACUGGAAACUGACGAGUCGUGUCAUGUCUACAGAAAGCAGUUUAUGCCAAAUGAGCAUCACGACUUCUUUGCCCACGAUCCACUUGUUGGUCCCCUAAUCCUUAGUGUCCAGGCUCAGAAGAUCUCCUCUGCUGACGCCUUCAACAUCAUUCUCCGAACUCGCAAAGGCACCACCAACAAGAUCAUCUCGGCCGCCGCGCUGGCCGACCGCCCGUCCGCCGCCCGUAUGGCAAAAGUGCUUUGCGAGGAGAUUACCACAGAGCAAUUCUCACCAAUCGCCUUUCCUGGAGGACAGGAGUUGGUUAUGAAUUACGAUGAGCACAUUUUGACGAAUACGUAUAAAUUUGGAGUUGUUUAUCAGAAAGGAGGACAGACCACCGAGGAGCAAUUGUUUGGAAAUCCACAAGGAAGUCCGGCGUUUGCAGAGUUUUUGUCAUUGUUGGGAGAUACUGUACCGCUUCAAGGAUUCAAAAAAUAUCGCGGUGGACUCGACACUGUCCACAACCAGACCGGUCACCAAUCGGUGUUCACUCAAUUCCACAAUCGAGAAGUCAUGUUCCACGUGUCCACAAUGCUACCGUAUACCAUUGGCGAUGCUCAGCAACUUCAGAGAAAGCGCCACAUUGGAAACGACAUCGUGGCGAUCAUCUUCCAGGAGGCCAACACUCCAUUCGCUCCGGAUAUGAUUGCAUCCAACUUCUUGCACGCUUAUGUUGUGGUACAACCAAUCGACGCACUGACCGACAAAGUCCGAUACCGAGUAGCCGUUGCCGCUCGUGACGAUGUCCCUUUCUUCGGACCAACCCUUCCAAAUCCACCAGUCUACAUGCAUCAUACCGACUUCCGAAACUUCUUGCUCACAAAACUCAUCAACGCCGAGAACGCCGCCUACAAGAGCUCAAAGUUCGCGAAACUCGCCGAACGUACCCGUGGAUCCCUUCUCGAUGGGCUGUAUGCAACGUGUAAGGAGCGUUCCGAAUUCUACUCAUCGCCACUUUUGGAGUCCACGUCUUCAUCUGAUAGCCACUCGACGUCGUCGUAUGGAAGUGGAAUUUUGAACUCGGUUAAGAAGGCGUUCAUCGGAAGGAGUCGUUCGGUGUCGCAAGAGGCGUCGCAUGUCCCACACAGAGCCGCCACGAUCAAUGUGGUCACUCGUCCCAAGAAAUCGGUUUCGUCGACGAGCUCUAGUGCGUCGGCAAGGACACACAGCCCAAUUAGAGAUGAUGUGCCGAAAACUUAUGGAAGAACCGACUGGGACAUCUCCUCCCAAGAGUCACCAGACAACGAACACGAUUCGGACACUGGAAUGGAAUCGAUGUCGUCCACUGAGCUCUCCAACCAGACUCGCGCCUCCUCGUGCACAUUUUGCGUAGAAGACUUCCAAAACGCCACGUCAUCAGAUGCCAAACGUCUGGAGACGUUAUGUGUUGAUGUUCAGCGUCUUCAAACUGAAAAAUCAGAUUUAUUGAGACAAAACGUUUCCUGCAAGACUGACAUCAAGAAGUUGAAGGAUCGCCAAAGUGUUCUAUCCGAAGAGCUGGAACGUGCCAACGACGAAAUCUCCCGUCUCCGUCGAAUGCUCAAGAAGCCAUCGAACAGCGACAUGGCACCGAUUCAUCAACAUUUCGAAAGAAGCUACUCGGAUGUUUCAGUUUGA